AUGGCAACAAAUAACCUCUUAACACUAUUUUUACUCUUGAGCAUUAUCUUUACUAUCAAAGCUGAUCUUCCUCAUUGGAACUUCAAAUGUGAGAACAAUAUUUGCUCAAAAGUUCCCAUAACCAAUAUCGCCGAAGCUCAAAGUCUUUCCGUAUGUCGCCUUUUAUGCAACGCCAAUGAAAUUGGAGUUUUAUGGCCUAAACCAACUGGCGUCGUGAAAUUCGAACAAAAAUUAUCAAAAAUUUCACUUGGAGAAAUCAAUUUUGUACCAUAUGGCUUUCAAGGAGAAGUCGUAACUUACCUCGAAAAAAGUAAAUCUCGAUUUUUGCAGCAAUUAUCGAACAAAAUGUAUCGAGGAGUUACUUUGAAUCAAAAGGAUUCGGUUCCGGUUUAUAUUAACCUUCACAUCAGCAGUUCAAGUUCGGAUUUGAACUAUGAAACUAACGAAAGUUACGAAUUGCGAAUCACCAAAAAGGAUUUUGUCAUUGUGACAAUUUUCGCUGAAAGUUUCUACGGAGCUCGAAAUGGAUUGGAGACCCUUUCGCAACUGAUUGUCUUCGAUGAUAUCCACAAUGAUCUAUUGAUUCCAUCAGAAGUUGAGAUUCAUGAUGCCCCAACUUACAAACAUCGAGGCGUGAUUCUCGAUACUUCCAGAAGUUACUUUCCCGUUGAUGCCAUUAAACGAACAAUUGAUGCUUUAGCAAUGGUUAAGAUGAACACUUUUCAUUGGCAUAUCACUGAUUCUCAUAGUUUCCCAAUCCUGUUGAAAUCUGUGCCAGAAUUAGGUCAGUUAGGAGCUUAUUCACCUUCGCAAGUUUACACAGAAACAGAUAUCCGAGAACUAGUUCAAUUUGGUAAAGCACGUGGAGUUCGCAUCAUACCUGAAUUUGAUGCGCCAGCUCAUGUUGGAGAAGGUUGGCAAAACACAAAUUUAACAGCUUGUUUCAACGCUCAACCUUGGCAAAAAUACUGCAAGGAACCUCCUUGUGGUCAAUUAGAUCCUACAAAGGAGAAAUUGUACGACGUUCUCGAAAAGAUUUAUGGCGACUUUGUGGAUUACUUCCAUCCAAUGGAGACAGCUUUCCAUAUGGGAGGCGAUGAAGUCGAUAUGGAUUGUUGGAAGUCGAGUGAUGAUAUUAAAAAUUGGAUGGAGGAACAUGGAUUGGGAUUGACGAAAAGUGAUUUUAUGAAGUUAUGGGGAGAGUUUCAGGAAAAGGCUUUAGAGCGCUUUGAUAAGGUUGCGAAGAAACGUAUCCCAGCUAUUUUGUGGACGAGUCUUUUGACGGAAAAGCCUUACUUGAUGGAUUAUUUGAACAAGGAACGUUACAUUAUCCAGAUCUGGACUGAUGCAAAAGAUCCACAAGUUAAAGCUAUUUUAGAAAAUGGUUUUAAAGUCAUCAUUUCGAAUUAUGACGCUCUUUAUUUGGAUUGUGGAUUUGCUGGAUGGGUCCAAGGCGGCAACAAUUGGUGCUCUCCAUACAUUGGAUGGCAAAAAAUCUACGACAACGACUUGCGAAAAAUGGGAGGAUCCUAUCACAAUCAGGUCCUUGGAGGCGAAGCUGCUUUAUGGUCUGAGCAAGCCGAUGUUCAUACUCUCGAUAGUAGAUUAUGGCCUCGCGUUAGUGCUCUUGCCGAAAGACUUUGGACUGAUCCAACAACCUCUUGGAGAGACUCUGAAUCACGUUUUCUCGUUCAUCGAGAACAUUUGGUUCAAAACGGAAUUCAAGCUGAACUCAUUCAACCCCAAUGGUGUCUUCAAAACGAAGAAAAUUGUCCUCGUAAAUGA